AUGUCGAAGCGCUGUAUCGAAGCGACAUCAGGAGCCCCGGAGGAAAGAUCUCAUGAAGGCGGUGAUCGCGAUGGCUUCGGUUCUGCUGUAGAGCAGAGUACAAGUCCGUUUUACCGAAUGCGAGUUGAAUCCAACAUAAGAACUCUUCUGGGUGCCGAACUGAGCCAGGAGAGUUCGAAGAGUGAUAAGAGAAAUGAAAUAGAGAAAUAG